ACACAAAAUAAUACAUUCAUUACAUUUAUUGAAUAUUGAUAAAAAAUAUUAAAAUAUUAAAUGUGAGAAAUAAUUUAUAUUAAUAUAAAUGUUAUUUAUUGGAUAUUAUACUUUGAUAUUUAUGAAGCACUCAUUAUGACUGAAGCCGCUGAAGAAAAUAUAGUUUUAGAAGGAUUCUUAUGUCCUAUAUGCAAAGUUGACUUUGGUUUAGACCUUAAGUUAUUUUUACAUUUUCAAGAAGCUCAUAGCGAAGACCAAGAUCUAGUUAAAUCUUUUAAAGAUUUAUUUGGUAAAGCUAAAGAAAAGAUUUUAAAGAAUGACAUCGGGAAAAAAGAAGAACGCCAUUAUGUGUGGGAACCACAAGAAAUAGGAGAAGUCAAAUCUCACAUUCAGUAUUUUAAACACUGUCGUAAUAAGUGGGUUGAACACUUUGUAAUGGAAACAAAUAAAACAGUCGUACGACUUGAAAAGUUACUUUGCAAUUUACCUCAAGAUCCUAAUAAACGAAAAACUCAUGAACAAACUAUAGUACAUUGGUUAGAUGGUACAGAUGUAACACGAUGUCCAGAUUGUACUAAGUCAUUUAAUAUUACAAGACGACAACAUCAUUGCAGAUUAUGUGGUUCUAUUGUGUGUCAUGAAUGUAGCUGUUUUUUACCAUUGUCAAAAGCAUAUGAAACAAUAAAUGAAACUGGUAAAAACCAAUUUACGUCUAUAACACCAAGUUUACCAAGUUUUCGUUUAUGUGUUCAUUGCGGACAGGUGUUGGAAAACCGUGAGCAAAUCAAAUACCGUGACCAAAAACCUCUCAUGUGUGAUUAUUAUGACAAAAUCAUAGAAUGUCGUAAUAAAAUAGAAAAUGAUCUGUUAAUUAAAUUCCACCAAACAUAUAAUCUAUUAAAAGAAGGAGAAUCCUCGUAUUUAACAGAAGCCAACAAAAUUAGAAAUGAUAUAGUUAAACUUGUCGAGACAAUAGAUGCCCUAAGUAAUCGUAUAAUGAAACUGGAAAAUUCUACAAAUUCAUCAAAGGUUACUACAAAAAAUAUUAGAUUGGCUAUGAUACAAUGUGUUCAAUCAACUAUACUUGCAAUACCUGCUCUUCCUUCAAUGAAGGAAAUUGAAGAAAUUGCUCGGUUAAAACGUGAAGCAGCAGAGGCACGUAUACGUAAUGGUCAAGACUUAAACACAGAUAAGCCUAAAAUAAGCCCAUCAGUUUCUAAACGACACAAUAAACAAAAAAAUGAAAUUAAAUUAAGACUUGAAGAUGGUUGGAGUCCUGUAACAAAUGCUAAUAUUAAUUCUGACAAUCCUGUAGUGGAACAGAUGAACAUCAUAAAGAACUACAUUAAGCAAGCUAAAGAGGCUUAUCGAUUUGAUGAAGUUGCAAGUCUUGAAAGGAAUUUACAAGAAUUGAAUGAAGAAUACUUCAAAAUGCAAAAUAGUAGUGGAAAUAUGCCAGGUUAUUCUACAAAAAAUUAAAAAUAUAUUCUAGUCCAAUAAAAAUGGCAAAUUUAAUAAUUAUCACAAAAAAAUAACAUUAAAAAAUAUGAUUAUCGCUAUUCGACUCUUACAUUAUAUGUCUUAAUAUAUCACAAACAAUGAAUAAAUAUUAUUUUCUCCA